GCUUUGAUGUUUACCAUUUCCCUCGUUUCAAGUAAAAUGCCAGUUACAUUGAAAACACGAUUUCAGACUAUUUUCUCAGUGUGUUUAUGACUACACCGAAAGCGUACGGUAAGCUCAUAGUUAACCUUUCCCGCGGUUAAUUCUCUGCGCCAUUGCUCUGCUGUGAGCUCGUGGUAUGUUUACGGAGAAGGCGCGCGCGAAAACCUUGGAACCCAACAGCCCGAGGAACAUUACUCGAGCCAAGGGGCUUCAGAGCAAUAAUUGUCCACACUCAAAAAUGGAAGAACAGAAGGAGAAUAUCCACCAUCAAGCUGAAAAUAAGAAUCCCUCUGAAUCUGGGGUCCGUGACACCCCCCUUGUGAAAACUGCUGGCCCUCAGGAUGGCAGUACGGUGGAUCCGGUGCCAGCUGUAUCGCCCUCGCAUGGAGAGUUCAGCGACCCCGUGUACAAAGAGAUCGCUCUUGCCAAUGGGCACAUCAACCGCAUGACCCGGGACGAGCUCCGGGCUAAGCUGUACGAGCUGAAACUGGACACGAGGGGUGUGAAAGACGUUCUGAAGAAACGUUUGAAGAGCUACUACAAGAAGCAGAAAUUGACGCUCUCGGCAGCCGAGGCAGAGAAGACCGGCACGUUCUAUGACUUCAUCUGCGUGGUCGACUUCGAGGCCACUUGUGAAGAGAGCAAUCCUCUGGACUUCGAGCACGAGAUCAUUGAGUUUCCCAUCGUCCUCAUCGACACACACACACUGGAGAUUGUCGACAGCUUUCAGGAGUAUGUGAGGCCAGAGGUCAACCCCAAGCUGUCGGACUUCUGCGUUCAGCUGACCGGGAUCACACAGAAAAUGGUGGAUGACGCAGACACCUUCCCCUCAGUGCUCCGACGAGUGGUCAGCUGGCUGCAGGAGAAGGAGUUGGGCACCAAACACAGAUACACACUACUGACGGAUGGGUCGUGGGACAUGAGCAAGUUCCUCAACAUUCAGUGCAGAAUUAGUGGACUCCGAUAUCCAGCCUUUGCCAGGAAAUGGAUCAAUAUAAGAAAAUCCUAUGGGAACUUUUACAAGGUCCCUCGCACCAAUACCAAGCUGAGCAGCAUGCUGGAGAAGCUGGGCUUGAAGUACGAGGGACGGCCCCACUGCGGUCUGGACGACGCGCGCAACAUUGCACGCAUCGCUCUGCGCAUGCUGCAGGAUGGCUGCCCGCUGCGCGUCAACGAGCACCUGCACGAAGGCCAGCUCCAGGGCGUGCCCAGCUCCGCUCCGCCAGAGGGGGCGCCACCCCCACACAACCCCAAGGGCCGCCACUAGACCUGCCAGGACAGGACAGAGAGAGAUCUUCACUCAGAGUCACUGCCUUUUUACAGGGUUCCCAUUGUGAUGUCAUAGAAUAAUUUGGAAUCCAUUACGUCUUUUUCAGCACACUUAUUGUGACAUCACAGUCACUUCUCUAGUGCGCAGAUUGUGAGCUCACAAAAAUGGAAUCCAUUACCUCCCUGUUGUGCUGAUUGUGACAUCAAAGAAAUAAAAAUCCCACUACUGAGAAAAUGAAGGGAAUAAAACGCUUGCAGCUCACCUGGCCCUUGCAGCAUGGACUCAAUCAGGAACAGCUGCUCUCUGCUCUUCCUCUCCAGCACAUGUAUCAAUAUAUCUGUCUCAGUAGAGCUUUCUAUUCCAUCCUCUUCAUCAUCCCUUUCAUCCGGUGCCUUGAAAAAAAACGUGAGGACUGACAUUCGUGAUGAGUGUUUCCAGGCAUUCCAAGAGGGCUGCAAUCUUUUGAACUGUGGUUCUACUGUUGUGUACACUUGUGUAUCACAUUUUGCGCUAGUCUGGGCCUGAGCGGUGACCGCUCAGAUUCAUGUCUCCUGUUGUCCGUCUUCUCCAUGACACUCUAAUGUUGAAGGAAAAGAGAAAUAUUGUAAUAUUGAAAUAUAACGUUUUGCACACAUAAGAUGGAUUACACAAAGGCUUUGCUGUUGGUCUGUCUUGCAUCUUCAAUAAAUACAUUGCCCCUUAA